UUUGACAAGAAAACCUUGGAAAAACUUUUCUGACAAGAAAUUGAAUUACAAAACAAAUAAAAAAAAAGGUUAAAUUGAUCGAUUCCCUUCAGAACUCUACUUCCUUUUAACAAAUAAAAAGAGAGUAAAGGCACUCUCCCUCUUUAGUACCACUAAAGAAAAAAAAAAUUCCAUCCAUCAUGUCUCCAAUAAAAACUAGCUUUAUAUCCUUAGUUAUCAUCGUUUCCAUGGGCGUUGCCGUCGCCGGGAAGACGCAUGUCAUCGAUUUCCGAUGGCCUAACCUCUACCCAGAAGGCAUGGCCUGGGACCCAUUAGCCCAGCACUUCAUCGUCGGUUCCCUAAACCACCGUACAAUCCACUCCGUUUCCGACGCAGGCGUUGUCGAAACUCUGAUCUCCGACCCCACCCUCCCUGAAAACGUUACUGUUUUAGGUCUGACGGUAGAUUUCACUAAAAACCGCCUUCUCGCUUGCCUCCACUCUGUUUCCCCUCUCCCUCCAUUCAACGCCCUCGUCGCCUACGACCUCCGCACCCGCCGCCGCCUCUUUCUCUCCCUCCUCCCCUCCGACCCCGAUUCCCCCAUCGCCUCAAUCGGCCGCGGGCGUGACGUUGCGAACGACGUUGCCGUCGACUUCAAGGGAAACGCUUACGUCACCAACUCGGUCGGAAACUUCAUCUGGAAAGUCAACGGAGAGGGAGAGGCGUGGAUCUUCUCGAGAUCUCCAGCCUUUAGCCGUUACCCAUCGGUUAUGGGCGAAAACGAACCCUUCAACGAUUGCGGCCUCAACGGAAUCGCUUACGUCAGCAAGGGGUAUUUACUGGUGGUGCAAAGCAAUACGGGCAAGAUGUUUAAGGUGGAUGAGGAGAAUGGGAAAGCGAGGACAGUUUUGCUGAACCAGGAUUUGGUUAUGCCAGAUGGGAUUGCGAUCAGGAGAGACGGCGUCGUUUUAGUGGUGUCAACGCAAAAGCUGUGGUUUUUGAAGAGCGACGAUAGUUGGGGAGAAGGGGUGGUGUAUGACAAAACUGCCCUUGAGGAGGAAGGGUUCGCAACCUCAGUUGUAGUGGGUGAGGAAGGGAGGGCGUAUGUGUUAUAUGGGCAUGUGAUGGAGGGUAUAAAUGGGAAAGAGAGGGAGGGGUUUAAGAUAGUGGAGGUGAGGUCGGAGAGAGAAAGCGGGGAGGAACAUGUUUGGAUUUAUGUGCUGCUAGGGCUAGGUUUGGCUUAUUUUUUGAUUUGGAGGUUCCAAAUGAAACAGCUUGUCAACAACAUGGACAAAAAAAUCAAUUAGUCUACGUCUUGUGCUUUUUUGCUCUGUUUUUUUUUUUUUUGUAAUUUAUAAUGAAAUAAUUAAUUCAUCUUUCAUUUUGAGCCAA